UGUUCUUGUUUGGCUCCGACGCGUCUCGUUGUUGAUUGUUGACCAGAAUCAACAAAGAGACACCCCACGUGAUUGAACCUUAUUUGCACUCGCGGUAUAAAUUCUGGGUUCCCACUGCCCUCGAUCCUUGUUAACUCCCACCACCUCGAGUACUUCAAACACCUCCUCAAAACUACUCACCCUCUACACAACAACCCACUCGCAUAACAAUGUCUGGCAAAGGUGGCAAAUCCGGAAAGACUGGCGGCAAGGCUGGCGGUGACGGUGGCAAGUCGCAGUCGCGUUCCGCCAAGGCGGGUCUCCAAUUCCCUGUCGGUCGUGUGCACCGUCUCUUGAAGAAGGGCAACUAUGCUCAGCGUGUUGGUGCAGGUGCUCCUGUCUACCUCGCAGCCGUCCUCGAAUACCUCGCAGCCGAGAUUCUCGAACUCGCUGGUAACGCUGCUCGUGAUAACAAGAAGCAACGUAUUGUGCCUCGUCACUUGCAACUCGCCAUCCGGAACGACGAAGAGCUGAAUAAGCUCCUUGGUGACGUCGUCAUAUCCCAGGGUGGUGUCGUCCCCCACAUUGAAUCACAACUGUUGCCGACGAAGUCUGGCAAGGGCCGGAAGGAGGAUGGUAUCAGCCAGGAGGUUUAAAUCUCGUCCUUGGUGGGCUGUCGGAUUUUUUCUUCAUCGUUUUGUAUCAGCAGAUGUAUUAUUUCCCCCAUCAUCUAUAAUUAUUUGUCCUUUCAAGCUUCAUUG